AUGAAGUAUCGUGGAGUUGUUUAUGAUGUCGGACUGAACUUCAACGGCCAGGGAUUUUCAGUCCACCCCUUCGAUCCUACUCUGGUUGAGUACGACAUGCGUGUCAUCGCCAACGACAUGCAUGCCAACGCCGUGCGGAUCGAGGGGGAGGAGGUUUAUCGACUGGCAACGGCUGCACGGGCUGCUCGUUCGAUGGGACUUACGGUAUUCUUUAACCCGUGGAAGAUGAAUGAAGGCGCCGAUGGGACACGCUCCUACCUGGAAGAGGCCGCGCAGACGGCCGAGCAACUGCGGAACGAAGGUGUCGACAUAAUUUUCGUUGCCGGCUGUGAGUACACGAUCUUCAGCAAAGGCAUCUUUCCUGGAGACUCAUUCAAUGAGCGUGUAAUGUGGUUUGCCUCUCAGUACCCUGGCGGCCACAUGUCGGACGAAAUUCCCCUGGUCCUACGAGAGAAGUCCGUGGAACUAAACAAAGUGUUGCGGUCCUUUGCCGAGGUGGUUCGCGCCAAAUUCAGUGGGCCGCUGACAUAUUCCGCUGGCACCUGGGAAGUUGUGGACUGGGAGAUUUUCGACAUUGUCGGUAUCGACUACUAUCGCCGAGGAGAGACAAAGGACCAGUACACCGCGGGUCUCGAGCGUUUUAGAUUUGGCAAGCCUCUCGUCGUAAUGGAGGUUGGUUGCUGCGCCUAUGAGGGGGCAGCUGCCCGGGGUGAUGGUGGCUUCAUUCUCCUCAAGGGCACGAACCCGGAUGGCAGCGGCGUCUUCGAGGGCGGUGUCGUCCCGACCCGCAGCGAGCGGGAGCAGGCUGAUUACAUAGACACGCAACUCAAUCUCCUCGCCCAAGCGAACGUUCACGCAAUCUUUGUCUAUGUCUUUUCAUUUCCCGCCUUGCGAGCGGGAGAGGGGGCAAGAGAUCUCGACAUGAUGUCUUUCUCACUGGUCAAGACCUUUCCUCACCACGAUCCGAGAUCAAAAGCUAUGCCUCCCUGGGCCCCUAAGGAGUCUUUCCACCGUGUUGCAGAUUUCUUCCGAUGCUGUUCCAUGGAUGCAGCGCCAGGAGUUCCAAUGGCGCGCGACUAG